CUGUUUUAACACUACAGACUGUGUAAUUCAGUGUUGAUGUCGUCUUAAAAAACCUAAACCUAAAACCUAAACUUAAAUCAAUGUUUACAUCUGUUACGUUGCCGUUUGCAAUAUAUUCGAUUCUUAAAUUCGAAAACACUGCAUUGUUAUCUUCUUUGAUUUUAUGCGUGAUUUUCUUGAUUAUAAGUUUGAGUCUGUUCUUUUAAUAUUUUGGAUUUAAAUAUUUCGGUAGUUAUACAAUAUACCAAAUGAUUCAAGUUUUUAUAUUUCUCUUUUAUGUGUUUUUAACUAUUAAUUUCUUAUAUUUUGAGUAUAACUUUGGACUGAAUAGCUGAUUUUGUAUGACUUAACGAAAAAUCUUGGAUUUUUUUUUAAUGUUUGGUAUCCCUUUUUUCCCUGGUGUACUUCUGGAAUGGUAAAGCAAGUAUAUAGUUUUAGCGUAUUUCGCUUUUUACGUAACGGUUGUUAAACACCUUUGAUAUUUUUGGACAUUUUCCAUUUUUAUUUUAUACCUUUUUUUUGUUGUACCUACUUAUAUUUUCAACGUUUUGGUUUCAGCGGGUAUAAAUAUAAAGUAAUGCAGACUGUGAGCAACCUCGAUCCCAGGGUUUUUUCUCUCUCUUUUCCGUCCCGUUAAAAAAAGAGACAAAGAGCCGAGGUUGGGUAGUAUUCAAAUUACCAUAUGCUGUAUGUUUUCGCUUGGUAUCCCUUACAUCGGUUUAAUGAGAGAUUCCGUGGAUUCCCCAACGGGUAUUGAGCUAGUUAGAAAUUAUUUUGUAUUAGCUAUGCUUUCGGGAUUCUGAAUUAUGGCAUUUUGAAAGAGGACCAUAAAAUUUUUUAAAGAAAAUUAAAAAUUAUGGCCAAUCUUUUAUGUAAAUGCAAAGAAAAUUAAACAUGAAAUAGACCAGGUAUGCCACUUUUUAUAUAUAUAUUUAUAUAUUUUUAAUUAAUUUAUGCCAGUGACGUUGCAUUUAAAUGCGAAUUGCGAAAAAAUACAACAAUUACCAGAUAUGUCUUGGAUCCAACAACUACACGAUUCCAACACUUAGCUUCAAGUUUUGUGGAUUGGACUUCUACAUUCAACCGUGGAGUGCUUUGUAGUGAAAGUUUUGUCUUUAGCCCAGCCAGCUCGGGGACGUAUUUGUUAUAUCUAAGGAAUACUUUGUUUGCAGCAGAUCGUGCCAAGAUCAUGCUUAUACUCUAUUUCUAUUACUUAAAAAUAGAGACAAAGCAUUCCUAUUUGAUUCUCAAAAACACGCAAUUUUAAAGGCCAGAACUCCACGCGUCUAGGCUCUGCGCUGUCUCUAUCUAUAUAUAUCAUCAGGCGAUAUUAAAGAUUCUGCCUCACGUGGCGGAAAUCAAAUAUGUUAAUUAUUUAUUCCUUACAGAAAGAUAAUUAGGUGUAAAUAAUUUAUUUUACAUCGUAUCUAGUCUUUAACGAAAAAACAAAUAUAAAUAUUAAUUCAUAAAUAACGAUAGAACGAUACGCAACUGUGCUGGUUAAUGAAAAGCCACAUCAGUAUUUGAUGAGCAUUAUGCAGAAUGAAGAAAGAUUAAAUUAAAACAUGGAGAGAGAAUUAAUGAAAUUCAAAAAGACAUAAUUUUUUUGUUACCAUAGAGUUGUCAAAGAGAAUGUGUUUGUUUGAAAUUCUCUGAGAAUAAAUUUGUAUAUAAUAAUCAAAUGAAGAACUAAAACAGGACAUUUUAACACGGAAAAGUUUGCGAUAUACAGCGGCCCACAUGGAAAUGACAAGAAGGCUUUUGUGUCUUCCAAACAAAACUUUACCCUCAAAUGAUCGUCCAAAAAUAAAAGAUAUUGCUACCGAGUAUUUAGAAAAUUCUACGACACAUGGUAUUGGAAACAUAUAUAAAACAACUCGGAUUUUUCCACGAAUAUUUUGGAUUAUCGCGUUUGUUGUAUUUUUGAGCAUCUUUCUAAGUGGCAUACCGAAACUGAUUUCGAAUUUAACUGCAAACGAGCAUAUCACUCGAAUUCAUGAUGAAACGCAAGAAAAUGGGAUCGAAUUUCCGGCUGUCACUUUAUGUAAUGCUAAUGCUGUAAGGUUCCAUAAGAUGGACACUUUACUUAAACAGUUUUUUCCCGACAUAAGUAAUUGGACCCACGAAACAUAUAGAGAAAAGAUUCAAGAUUUAUUGUUGAUGUCUGUGGACUUUAAUUCUACAUUGUUAAGUUGGUUUGGGGAGCAACCAGAGGACUUCUUCGCAGCAGAUACCUGUCUAUUUAGUGGGGAAAAAUGCAGAUAUCCGGAGGAUUUUUUCAUGGUUUCUAGCUCAUUUCGUGGAAAUUGUUUUACAUUUAACUUUAAUGGAAGUUUGUUACAAAGAAAAACUGGAGUGGAAUAUGGACUAACGUUAAUUAUGGAUAUUUCACAGGCUGAUUACAACAUUUAUAUUCAGGACUCUGCAGUAUCAUCAGUUGGCGCUUUCGUUACCAUGCACAAUUCCGGCUACACACCACCAUCAAACGACGAAGCUCUGUUAGUAGCUCCAAAUCAAAUAAGUCGAAUGGCAAUUCGAAAGAAAUCAAUUCAAAGAUUAAAAUAUCCGUACAGAGACAACUGUACAGAUGGGAAUGCAGAUUUUAAUAUGAAAGGAAGAAACUACACAGUAUCAACGUGUACCCACUUGUGCAAUAUCGAAGAGAUGCAUAAAUAUUGUAAAGUUGUGGACACACAGGCCUUACUCACCGCACUGUACUCUUCGGGAAGGCGGUAUAAAUCUGCUACAACUGAAGACGAUUUCGAAUGUCUCAAAAGAUUUGAAUCUCUUUUUAAGAACGGUAAGGUUAAAUGCAGUUGUCCCAAUCCUUGCUACGAAGAAUUUUUUACAAACAGUAUCUCGACUGCUUCAUGGCCUUCCGAGCCUGAGUUAAAACAGAAAAUAAUCGAACUGCGAAGGCGUAAUAGAAACGUCACAGAAAAGUCUUUCAAAGAAAAUUUUUUAGCGAUUCAAAUAUAUUACGAAAACUUUAACAUCGAGAGGACGGUGCAUAUACCAGCUUAUAGCAUCGAUGAUUUCUUCUCUGAUCUAGGUGGCUCUUUAGGCUUGUGGAUUGGCAGCUCAUUUUUAUCGUUACUAGAGAUUGGAGCAAUGUUGGUCGAAAUGAUCAGAGUUAAAAUUAACUCUUACUUCAACUUUAAAACAAACGCAAAUUCAGUGACAUCUAUGACUUAGACUUUUUUACGUUAUCACUAAAAGUGCUUUACACUUGUAAAUAAAAAAUGUGUAGUUAUUUUGUGACAGUGAAUUGCACGAAUAAGGAAUAAACAUUCUACGUUAUUCUUCAGCAAA